GGGCAUUCAUUAUUCGUUUCAACAAAUCAUGACGUUGGUCAAUCCAGAAAGCUACUCCACAACUGACAAUCAAGAAUCCAGAAGCAAACUGAGCCGAGAACCAGUUUUCCACUUGGCUAAAUUAGCAAUCCCACUCAUCAAGAUUUCAAAGCUCUUUUUCACUAAGUUAUCGAAAUGCGGGUUGAACAAAACACGGCUCCCACUUUUUACCGAGAUGGCUUCCGAGCAAAUCGAAUCUUUGGCAAAUUCGCUUGGACAGGUCACUAGAGAUAUCAUCGAACUCGGCGGUUUACUGCCCAAAGCUGACGACGGAGAUGCGACUGGCCAAGAUUUUGUGAAAAUAGCGGAUAAGCUCAGGAGUCGCUACGAAGCUCCGCUGGUUGCUUUGCUUCUUUAUGUUAUUCCAUCCAUUCCAGAUUCUGAUGAUGGGUUCCCAACUCAAAGCUAUUACAGGACUUGGUUGGUGACUUGGAAUACUCAGCGCAUCUUGGCCACUGUGAACUUCAUCAAUGCUGCUAAAUUGUUAGACCCCAAUCCACUAUAGUUAUAAUCUCUCCUGAUUCUGUAGAUUUGCUUGUGUUGAAUAUCUUUUUGUGUUCUAUUGGGCAGAUUUGCAGGCGUAGAGCCUAAGUGAUUUUUGUUUUCAGUCCUUCUGUUUGCAAUCUACUAGAAUCUGUUGAACUCGAUCGAGAUUCGAGACCCAUGUUCUU